UCUGACAACGAUUUUUAGAUACGAGUGAUAAACCCCAAAGACCCAGGGAAGACUCUUCUGUUGUCAUUGAUGUGUCUGUCUGUGCAGUCUGUCUUCAUGCGGUCCCUCGUCCUCACAGGGUUGGUGCAUGUAGGAGAUGAACUCAGGGAGGUCAACGGAGUCUCUGUCAUCCAGAAGAGGCCCGAUGAGAUCAGUCAGCUGCUGUCCCAGUCCCAGGGCUCCAUCACUCUAAAGAUAAUCCCCGCCAUUAAAGAAGAGGACCGCCUGAAGGAGAGCAAGGUGUAUAUGAGAGCGUUGUUUGACUACAUCCCUUUGGAAGACAAAGCAACGCCUUGCCAAGAAGCAGGACUUCCCUUCAAGCGGGGGGACAUCCUGCAGGUGGUGACCCAGGACGACCACACGUGGUGGCAGGCCAAGCGUGUGGGAGACAGCAACCUGCGGGCUGGACUCAUCCCCUCCAAACUGUUCCAGGAGAGGCGACUGGCCUACAGGAUGAAAAUGGGCACACUCCCGAAUCCAAAAUCCCCUAAAAAGCCUGCCUAUGAGCAAGGAUGUGAUAAAGAGGACUGUGACUGUGAGGGCUAUUUCAAUGGACAGUACAUAGUCUCUCCUAAGUGUAAAGCAGUGGCGCCCUCCUGUGGCCAGGUGUUUUCCUGGGAAUUUUAUUCAGCUGGUUUACGGAGGAGUUUCCGGCUGAGUCGUAAGGACAGGCAAGAUUCCUCCGGAGAGGGCUCUGAUUUUGGGGACAGCGACUACACGACUUAUGAAGAGGUUUCCCGCUACCAGCAGAGGCCCAAUGAGAGGCCCCGUCUGGUGGUCCUGAUCGGAUCCCUUGGAGCACGAAUCAAUGAACUCAAACAGCGGGUGAUUGCUGAAAACCCACAUCGUUUUGCAGUGGCUGUACCACAUACCACCAGGCCCAAGAAGCCUCAUGAGAAGGAGGGUGUGGAGUACCACUUCGUCACCAAACAGCAGUUCGAUGCAGAUGCUUUAAACAACAAGUUCAUAGAGCAUGGGGAAUACAAGGAGAACCAGUAUGGCACCAGUAUAGAGGCUAUCCGCUCUGUGCAGGCCAAGAAUAAAAUGUGUGUGGUGGACGUUCAGCCUGAGGCCCUGAAGAGGCUGCGGACAGCAGAAUUCAAGCCCUAUGUAAUAUUUGUCAAACCUCGUGUUCCGGAGAGCAGACGUCGCCGCAGCGCUGCCACUUCACCAGGAGGGGGGGAGCGCGGCCGCGUAACAGAUGAAGACCUCCAAGAGAUGCGUCAGUCUGCCAUUCAGAUUGAUCAGCAGUAUGGACAACUGGUGGACCGGGUCCUGAUCAAGGAGGACUCAGCCAGUGCCUGUGCAGAACUGAGAGGUAUCUUGGAGAGGCUGGAGCGAGAGUCCUUCUGGGUGCCUAUCAGCUGGGUGCGGACCUAAACCUAACUUCCAGAAGAACUUCACAGCCACAUCAACCAAAUCCUGAACCAGUCCUCUCUUAAUGAGCCGAUACCCCUCCCCUAAAGACCUGCUCCCCUGCCCCGGGGGGCGUUGAACUCUGACUGAUGCAGGAUCAGCCACAAACUAAUGCACAAUAAGGAGAGGAUGAGUCGGAGGAAUACCUCGUUGUCUGGGAUUCUGCAGCAGAAGGUAGCUCUCGUUGCCCAGAAAUCACAGUCUGACUGUCACUUCAAGUCAUAUUUAUUAUUUUUAAAUGAUUGAUCUACUUCAAAGACAAGGGAAAGAAGCAAGUUUGUAGUUUUAGAAGUGUUUUAAUUCCCCACGCUGUCACGGAGAGUGGCAGGUUUGGGGUCCCACUCAGAGGAUUGCUCAGUCAGUCAGCUUUAUUGUGACUCUUGUUGGAGUACCUUUAGUAGCAUGUUUUUUUUAGGUUUAUUCAACUCAAUUCAUCACAGAAUGCUUCCUCUUAAUUCUUACUUGUCAUGUAUCCUGUACAGUAUUAUAUACAACGAAACAUUCAGAAAAACAGGAGAAAAUGAUAUAUAAAGUUAAGUUAAUGUAAUUUUAAACUACUGUGUUUUUUCGCUGAAUAUAAUUUCCACACAUGGACGGAAACACAAUAUUAUCCAAAUGGAAUGUGAGAAUUUCAUUUUCUACAGAACACUUUGUUUAUGGGACACGCAUGAAAACGGAUUCCUCAGUCUCAGAUGUAAAUAUUGUAAAUGUGACCUCCUCGUGUGCCAACGAAAGAUGUCGUAGCACUUCAAUGCAACCUGUUUACCUUUGAUCCCUGGGAACCCACAUCCGUUUGUGUGUAGAAUAAUGCCGUGCACAAAGUGUGUGUGUGGAUGUCACAUUCACUUCCUGUUUUCAAAAACAAAAAAGCGAGGAUGACAUGAUAUCCAUGGAUUGCAAAUCCUUUGUCUUUAUCAGCAGAUACUUUAAUUAAAUCCUAAUUUAAUUCAAUUAUCAAGCAAACAUGCCAAACCUUAUGUGAUCACUGUUUUUCAAGAGACACAGUUUAAUAACUAAUGACCCAGGAACAGAUUAAAGGCCUGGCUUUGAGAUGAUAUACAAUAUACAUGGGAUGUCAUUAUUAAUUAACAGUGGCUAGUAGAAAGUUAUUUCACCUGCUAGUCUCUUCCUAGCACAUUUACACAUGUGUUGUUCUGUGUAAAAAUGUGUUCAAAAGUACCCUGUGUUAUUAUACGUAAGCCAAAUCAAAUGUAUUUUUUUCAGAUUUAUUAUUUUUGGUACAAAACGUUCACUUUUUGUUACUAUCCCUUCGAUGCAGCUCAGCAAUGGACAAGAGGAAAGUUAACUGGAUCUCUUCUCUGUUGAAGCCUUUUCGCGUCAGCUGAACUUCAAAUGUUAUAAUUUCACAGAACAAGGAUCUUGUCCCUUUGCAAUUAUUUCUGAAAUGACUUUAGGUGAGGAUAUUUACAGUCCGCAGGGAGAGGAGAGACGAUUACGAAGAACAUUAGCUCCUUUCAAGUACAUAUCAACAUGUGCGUAUCAUAUCAAAAUAGACUUGUAAGAAUGUAAGUCUACUUCAUUGGGUUUAUUGACACAAAACCGAUGAUCUAUGUGGCUUGACUAAAGGAUGGAAUAACGAUUCUACACUGACAUUUCUAUUGUUUGUGUGGUUAAAAUGAAGCAGCUUCUUGAUGCUUUGUUUUGUUGAAAGAUGCCAUGUUCUCUUGAUGUCUUCAUGUUCUGGACAAACCCAGAAUGUUGAGUUUAUAACAUGACCUGUACAAAGUGCCAUAAUUAAAGCUAGCUGAGUCAAAUAA